AUGGAAAAAGGAAACUUUACUGAUGGCGAAAAAUACUCUGGGGUGUUUGAACAGCGGCGAUGCUCAGACUCCUUAACAAGAGGAAUGGAAGGACAUCUCAAAUAUCUCAUAGCGUUUAAUAGCUUUCUUUCCGUCGUUGCAUUUCUUGGAAAUACUCUCGUGCUGGUGGCUCUUCGAAAGGAAACUUCGCUUCAUCCGCCCUCGAAGCUUUUGUUACGUUGUCUGGCAGCAACUGAUCUCUGCGUUGGUCUGAUUACAGAACCCCUGAAUAUCAAUUAUUGGGUGUCCCUAUUAAAGGAGGAUUGGAACACUUGUCUCUAUGCAUAUAAGGCAUGUUUCAUAACAAGUUAUAUUUUGUCUUCCGUAUCUUUGUUAACAAUAACGGCAAUAAGCGUGGACAGACUUCUCGCUUUGUUACUGGGGCUGAGAUAUAAACUCAUUGUAACUUUAAAGCGAACAUAUGCGGCUGUGAUUACCUUUUGGUUUGUUUCCACUGCGGCUGCCACACUAUAUCUCUUAAACCAUCUUAUCACCUUUCUUUAUGGCUACAUUUUCAUACCGUCAUGUAUUUUCAUUUCAAUUUGUUCCUAUACAAAGAUUUUCUUUACAUUACGCCACCAUCGAACUCGUGCACAAGAAAAUGCUUCUGAUGGAAUACCGGGUCAAGCUAGGAACCUGGCGCGAUACAGAAGGGCAGUGAUCAGUGCAUUGUGGGUCCAACUGGCUUUAGUUGCUUGCUAUAUUCCUUAUGGUGUUGUGGGUGUUCUCUUUAGUAAUAGUAAACUCACGCCAUCAAAAUUUUUCUUUUUGGAGGUUACGAUAUCCUUAGUGUACUUUAACUCAUCUUUAAACCCGUUUCUUUACUUCUGGAAGAUAAGCGAAGUGAGAAAUGCUGUAAAAACUACAUUAGACAAGUUCCUCCUCAUUUAUGCAGUUAACAAGAGCACUUUUUCCGUAACAGAGCGCAGAAAAGAUAUUUAA